CACUCCAGCUGGACUGAGGACCACACCAUGUCUCUGCUGGCUGGGCUGCUGCUCUGGGGUUUCUCUCUGGACCCAGCCAGUGCUGCAGCCACCUGUAUACUCAGGGAUGCCAUGGGACUGAAGCCCUUGUACCCGCCCCGGCUUUUUGCUGACCCAGUGUCCUGGAUGACACCUGGCCUGACCACAUUCUUGGUGUGCCUUGGAAGAGUUCGGGGAGUAACCUUCGUGCUGAAGCGGGAAGAUAAUGGUUACCAGGAGAUAGCUGAAACUGAUGGUGUCCUGGCUGUAACUGAGCCAGGAGAUGAAGAAAGGGCCAUCUUUGUAGUCCAUCAACCUGGUAACUACAGCUGCAGCUAUUAUAUUCAUGAAGAAUGUGCCUCUUCUGAGCCCAGCCAUAUUGUGACCAUAAAGGAGUAUGUCAAACCACUUCCACCCAUGUUGACAACCUCAGAAGAUUCCACAGUAGUCCCACCCCGGAUGGCCCAAAGGAUCCUUGUUUGUGUGGCUCCUCUGAAUGAUGUUGAAUUUCAGCUGAGGCAGGGCGAGUUGGUGCUGAAGGUCCCCAGCAUCAGCGCCAGCCCAGAGAGAGUCAGCUUCUAUCUGAAAAUUUCAGACAUGGGUGACCAGAGCCCUUUCACAUGCCGCUACCGUCUAAACAGUAUAUCGGACUGGUCGGAAAACAGCAAUCCUGUGGAGAUAAUGUGGAGUGAUGAGACUCUACAAGCCCCAGCGUUUACUGCAGAGCCUUCAUCUAAUGAGACUCUCAAGGCUGGUUCAACAGUGCAGCUUCGAUGUACUGCACCCAAAGCACCCAAGGCUGGCCUGCGCUUUGCCCUGCAUCGGGAACACCUAGGUGAGCGCAGCCUGCUCCAGACGCUGAAGUCUUCUGGUAACGAAAUUGUCUUCCAGCUGCACAACCUCUCAGCAGCAGACUCUGCCAGCUACAGCUGCAUCUACAUUGAACGGCAACCGCCCUUCUCAGGAUCUGCUCCCAGCGAGCCUGUGGAGCUGAUGGUGAAUGGGCCACCCCCACCACCAACGCUCCAGGCUCUAUGGAGAAAUAAAGUGUUUGCUGGGGAUGACGUUGUCCUACGCUGCCAGAGCCCCGUACCUGGGGUCACUAUGGAGCUGCUGCAUAAUCUCAGAUUUGUGCCCCACCAGAUACUCAGAGUACAUAACACCUGGAGUGACCUGGGACUGACUUCCGUUGGUCCCCAGCAUACUGGCAACUACACCUGCCGCUAUAUCUCCUGGUGGACUGAGCCCUUUUACUCAAAGCUCAGCAACCCCGUAGAGCUCCUUGUAGAGGGAAACUGAAGUAGCUACAGACACAGGAUACAAUGUUGUUCUUGGAAAGAGCUGAACACAGGCGGAGCUCCUCUUCUUCCUGCUGCAAGAUGGAUUUUCCUCAAACUCCCUGCACUUAAUAAAAGUCAAGCAAGA